AAAAAAAUUGUAUUUUUCUGAUGACAAUUGCACACAGUUGUAAACUGAAAAUAACCAUUUACUGGAUAACUAGGAAUAACAUAGUAGAGACUUAUUAUCAUUCCAGUUUUGGAUUUGCUGAAAUUUAUCAAUUGCAAUAAUUUAUUCAUAUGCGAUAAGUCAAAGAAACGAAAUACGUAAAUAAAAGCCUAAAUAAUUAUUAACAUAUUUUAUUUGUGUUAUGAAAAUUUUUGACCAUGGGAUCUUCACCAAACAUUGAUGAAAAUGGAAUAGAUGAUACUUUUCAUUCAGAAGAUGUUGUUACAUAUAGCGAAGAUAGUGGAGAUAUUGAUAAUUUUUAUGAAGGAUAUCAUCGAAUACCUGCUGAUCAACGAGAUGAAAUUGAAGCAGAGAAUCAUAACAGUACAGAACUUUUAGAAGACACGCAUCAAUCACAAUUAAAUCAGCAAAUAGUAGGCCCAAGCUCAUCAUGUGACGCUGGUAACGCAGAAUUAGAUUUUGAAAGCAAAGUUUGGAAAAAUCCACGUCCUAAAGAGUUGGAAAUGGAGCUUGAUAUUUCGAAAACGGAACAAAUAAUGGCUGCAAUGGCUCAUAUCACGUUACCAUUAUCUGCAAUUCCGGAAUGGGCGCAUGAAAUAUCUGAAAAUCAGUGGAAGGAAGAUCUUCUAAAUAGAAUCAGGCAACAAAAGGAAUGUAUUUCGUUAAAUUUCGAGCAUGAGAAUUAAUUAAUAAACAAUUUUCUUAUAAAUAAGC